GUGCGUGGCCAGCCCCUGCGACGGGUGGCUGGAAGGACCCCAGGCGUCGCCUCCGAGCGUGGGGGAAGGAGGACCCGGGUCGCGGCGGGGAGAUGGAGCUAGUCGGCGGCUGUUACGAGCAGAUUCUUUUCGGGUUCGCGGUGCGGCCGGCGGAGAACUGGAUGCCUAUCCCUGACUUUACCCAUCAUGCCCACACUGCCUCAUUAUCAGCAGUAGCUGUGAAUAACAGAUAUGUAGUCACCGGUAGCAGAGAUGAAACGAUCCAAAUAUAUGACAUGAAAAAGAAGAUAGAACAUGGGGCAUUGCUUCAUCAUAAUGGCACGAUAACUUGCCUGGAGUUCUAUGGGAAUGCACACUUAUUAAGUGGAGCAGAAGAUGGAUUAAUUUGUAUUUGGGACACAAAGAGAUGGGAAUGUCUGAAAUCCAUUAAAGCACAUAAGGGGCAUGUGACAUCUCUUUCUAUUCACCCGUCUGGAAAAUUAGCUUUGUCAGUAGGAACAGACAAAACAUUAAGAACAUGGAAUCUUGUAGAAGGACGAUCUGCCUUCAUCAAAAAUCUGAAGCAAAAUGCACACAUAGUUAAAUGGUCUCCUAGUGGAGAGAAGUAUGUGGUGGUCGUAACUAAUAAAGUGGAUGUCUACAAACUUGAAACAGCAUCUGUCAGUGGUGCCAUCACAACUGAGAAAAGAAUUUCUUCAGUUAGAUUUAUAACAGAUUCUGUUCUUGCUAUUGCCGGAGAUGAUGAAGUUAUAAGACUGUAUGAUUGCGACUCACAAAAGUGCCUUUGUGAAUUUAAAGCUCAUGAAAACAGAAUAAAAGACAUCUACAGUUUUGAAAAAGAAGGACUACAGGUUAUAAUUACUGCAUCCAGUGAUGGAUACAUUAAAUUGUGGAAUCUUGAACUCGAUAAGAUCCAGGAUAGCCCAUCUUUGCUAUGUGAAGUCAAUACCAAAGCCAGGCUUACAUGUCUAGCAGUAUGGCUAGACAGAACUUCAGAAACCAAAGAGAACCCUGACAACGCUGCAACCUCUUCUUAUGGUAACAGAGUAAAUGAAGAUGAACAGCCAUUGAUAACUAGGAAAAAGAAAGUUUGUUGGACUGAUGAUAGUGAUAAAUCAGCAAAGGGAGAUAGGCAAGUGACGCCCAAGAAACGAAAAUCAGAAGGUGCACAGCAAAAGAAGAAAACGAAACUACAGAGCUCAAAAUGAAUGUAACCUCUUUACCACUCAAAUAAUAAGCUGAUAUUAGUAAAUUUCAUUAUCGCUGUAACCAUUUUUUACACCUAUCACUUCUACUCAAGCCAUUUUUUGCCAUCUCAACAGGGCACGUAUUUCUGAAACUAUCUAAUUUUGGGAGUAGAAAAUUUUUCUACAUUGGUAAAUGACCAUUCAGAAUUUUGUAAGGUGGCAAAUCUGAUGGUACUAACUUUUCUUGAAAUAUACCAUUCAGAGGUAAACGCAUAAUGAUGUAUAUCUAAUUUAUGUUUUUAAUUAUAUCAAGUAUAGUCUAAAAUUCUCUUUGAACAGUUCUGAAAUUCAGUUUAAAACUACAAAAAUUGCUGCAGUUCUGCGUUAAUAUACUUGGAUUUUCUCGUUUUAAUAAUUAAAACUUGAAAAUAGGUUUCAGUGAAAUAUACAAUGAAAAUGUCUGCAGUUAACCAUUUCUACAAUGUUAAAUUGUUUGCAACAGGACUGGCAGCCCAUAAAGAUCUUCCACAGUGUUUAGGCACUUGUAUCUAGGAGGACUUAAUUUUGGAAGGGACCAGUUUUUUAUAUAAUUCAGGGAAAACUGUGGUUUAAAUACACCUACUAGGCUGGAUUUUUUUACUAAAAAAAUGUGCCUGCCUUUAUCACUUUAAGGGUUAUCUUUAGACAAUCUUAAUAUAUACUCCAUGAUGUCAUAAAAAUAGAACUACCAAAAAUAUCCUUCAUAUAUUCACAAAAAGAAAACUUGUGUUUAACCCGUAAGACAGCAAUGAAAAGAGGGUGUAAAAAGCAAAUUGUAUAUUUUUUGCCUUCUACUGUUUCAAGUCUUUAAUUUUAAAAAGGCCUGUGUCCAUAAAUUCAACUCUGUUUAUGUCCUCUUUUUUCCAGGAGUUGGUUUACUUGAUUGAAACAGGUUUCAGAGUAGUAGCCGUGUUAGUCUGUAUCCGCAAAAAGAACAGGAGGACUUGUGGCAUCUUAGAGACUAACAAAUUUAUUUGAGCAUAAGCUUUUGUGAGCUACAGCUCACUUUAUCGGAUGCAUAGGUGCCACAAGUACUCCUCUUCUUUUUUUCAUUGAAACAAACACUUUUGUAACUUUUAUGCAGGCAUUUUACAAGUAUUUACAUUUACUCUCAGGCUGUUGAAAUGCCAGUGUUAAUAGGAAGUGGGCUAGAACAACUUUAAGAUGUCCUAUACGUUUUAACUCUUUAUGUUCAAAGAAAUCUAAUAUAAAUUAGUUAAGUUGGAAAAGCUUACAUUAAUUUCUUUCCUUCUCCUUUUCUCCCCUAAAAAUGUUUAUCAAGUCUGUGCUCUGAGAUUUAUUGUGUAAAACAGAGAAAGAGUAGUAUUUAUUAUGUAUGUAAAGUUGUCUCCCUGAUGAACCAUUAUACCAUUGUGCUAAGUAUUCGUACUGGGCAUAAUUCCACCUAUCUUUAAAGGAAAGUGAGCAGGGAAUGUUCAGUCAAAAUAAGAAUCAUGGCUGACAAUAGGCACUAAAGCAGAAAUGUUCUCUACUCCAGUGGUUCUCAACCAGGGGUCCAGGGACCCCUGGGGGCCGCGAGCAGGUUUCUGGGGCACCACCAAGCAGGGCCAGUGUUAGACUUGCUGGGGUCCAGGGCAGAAAGCCGAAGCCUCCAUUGCUUGGGACUAAAACCUGGGGCUCUGAGUCCCACCACCUGGGGCUGAAACUGAAGCCUGAGCAAUGUAGCUUCGCUGGGGCGCCUGUGGCUACCCCCUAACACCGGCCCUGGCUUUUAUAUGCAGAAAACCAGGUAUUGUGGCACGGGUGGACUGUGGAGUUUUUAUAGCAUGUUGGUGGGGGCCGCAGAAAGAAAAAGGUUGAGAACCCCUGCUCUACUCUAUAUAAAAAUUUGAUUAACCUGAAUGUAGAGGACCAGAUUAGUAUUGAAGGGGUAGGAAAACUCAACAGAAUGAAUGGGGCCACACUGGAAAAGGAAUGCAGUGUAUCUUGGGGGGGACAUAAAAUAAAACCUGUAAAGUAUUUUAGCACAGCAGCCUGACUCUGCCUGAGCACUAAAGGGUCCUCUGACACAAAAGCAAAACAAACAUCAUCUGGACUCUGCUAGGAUCUUUCACUUUAUGGUGGCAAUGUGCUCUUGGAGUAGGGAAUCUAUGUUAAUCUUUUGUAACUUUUUCCCUUAUUUAGUUGAACUAAACCCUUUCUGUGUUAAUUUGAUUUUUAAACCUGGUUUAUAUUGAUUUAGCUUAGCUUCACAGGGACAGUUUAAAGUCACACCUUUAUUUAAACUUGCAUAACUCUGAAUAUACAUUCAGGCCUAAAAUAGUUUUUAGAAGCUUCUGGUUUUAUACAAAGCUUUUACCUAUAUAAAAUAAGCCUGAUCCAUUUGAGGGUGCAGUGUGAAAUAUAUCCAAUCAAACUUUUAACUGACUGCUAGGCCAUUUUAGUGGCAGAUAUUGAGAGUUGUGUAUGGUUCUUUUAGAACCAUAUUUUGUAUAGUAUUUUCAGAUGUCUAUUUUUAUUUCUAUUUAAUAUGUCUAUGGGCUGAGGUGAUGGAUGCCAUUUAUACAUGUAGACUAGUAGAUAGCAAUUUUGGUUUUUUAAAUAUAUAGGAUGAAUUUUCACAAACACUGCAAUAUGGAAAUAUGCAGAUUAAUCUCUACCCAAAAAAUUAAGCAUAUACGUGUUUAAGACUGUGGAUCAAAAACUUGAGUUUAUUGGCUAAGACCCUAUCCUGCCAAGACUUUUGAACUUGCUUACUGCACAUGAGUAGACCUAUUGUCUUCAGUGGAAUUGCUCGCAUGUAAAUCUUUGCAGGAUCUAGGCCUAAAGAACUAUAUGACGUUAGCCCCCUUCCAUAAAUGUCUCCACAGCCAAUUCUAUGGCCCCAGGUGCAAGUAUACUCAUGCUGACUAUAGCCUGUUUCUGACUGUAAUAUUAAUUACUGAAAAGGUUCAGUGCUGUACAGUGUUGGUUUGGGACUGCUCACUUUUUUGCUUUGAAACCUGAAAUGUGGUGUCCGCUCUGAAUUCCUAUUCAACACCUCUCAGGUUCUUUGAACCCUGUAGUACCACUGAAUUGAAGAAAGUGAGAAGAUAGUUUAAGCACUUGUUCAGGUGGUUUUGUUUAAAUCUUAGUAGUUUGUAAGAAGUGUUUUUCUGUAUCCUUCAUAUGUCUUUGGGAUAUAUUUUACCUCACAGUACACAAGGUGUUGGCAGGAAAUGUUAGUGCAAAACACUUUCUUCAGCAAAUGUGUCCUUUUUACCAGUGUUGCAUACUUACUAUAGUGGAAGAAACUGUUGCAUUUACCACACUUGUGAAUGCAUUUGAUGAGGGCCAGAGGGAUCUUCUGUAACUGGGCUUUCAGCUAAUUACUAGACAGAAGAAACAUUGAAAAAAACCUACUAAUCAAUAACAUCUGAAAUGUAUAUGUUACACUUUGAUAAGGACUGAACUGCAGUGGAAUAAUACUGUUUACUAGAUAUGAUCCCAGUAAUCAAGUUAUUGUCUGGAUAUGAAUUUCCUAAGAAUUUGUGGGUGAGGUUUGGAUCUGGAGUUUCUGCUUAGGCCCAUUGCUAGUUUUUUAACCUCUCUAAUUGUAGAGGCGUAUAUAAACUAUUAUUCAUUUUAUGCUAACUAUAGGCCCAAAGUUGGAUAGUCAACAAAAUUUCCAUAAGUCAGCAGUCAUUACAGUGGCAGUUAUCCUAGUUAAGUCUGAAAUGAAUCUCCUAUUGUCAACUGCAGUUUCUCUUUUUAUUUAUUAUUAAAGUUAUUGAUAACAUUCUCAAACUCC